AUGGCUUCCGUGCAUUUCCCCGGAGACAAUGAAGGUGGUGGUAACGAGAAUUCUGAAAUUCGAGAGGUCAGCAGCAACAUCUCCAAGCCGACCAAACGUCAACGAUGGGCCACCACGCGCCACACCGGCUCUGGCGGCGUGCGGAAACGUGUCUCCAUCAUUGAUCGCUUCCACAAACGAUCGGAGAUGAGGGAUGAGAAGCGCAAGUCGGCCACUCCAAGUACAUCCGCCGACGCCGCGUCCACCGUCGGAGAGGAGAGCCAACAGCCCGGACAGAAUCGAACCAUCUACUUCAACAUCCCGAUCCCCGAAUCCGAACGAGAUGAGGAAGGCCAUCUCAAAAACACCUACCCCAGGAACAAGAUUCGCACUGCAAAGUAUACCGCAUUGACUUUCGUUCCGAAGAACAUCUGGCUUCAGUUUCACAAUAUCGCGAACAUUUACUUUUUGUUCGUGAUUAUUCUCAACUUUUUCUCUAUUUUCGGUGCAAACAACCCCGGACUGAACGCCGUUCCACUAAUUGUCAUCAUUGUUGUGACCGCCAUCAAAGAUGCGAUUGAGGACUGGGGACGGACGGUACUGGAUAACCAAGUCAAUAACUCUCCAGUCUAUCGUCUGAUUGAAUGGAACAAUGUGAAUUCCACCGAAGACAACAUCUCCUUGUGGCGCCGAUUUAAAAAAGCAUGCACCCGAGGUACCAUUACCUCGUAUCACUGGAUGAAGAGCGUGUUUGGCAAGAAGAACGAGGACGAGGAUGACGGAAACGAACAAAGACGGGAUUCGUUUUUGACCACCGCAACUCCCCGCGCCUCGGUAUAUUCACAUCGCGACUCCCUUGCCGCCGAUGUUGCUAUUCCGAUGACAGAUGUUCCAUCGCCCCAAACCGAGGCCCGCGAAGAUUGGACGGCCUCGAGUAAACCAGAAAACAAAUUUCUUUCCCCCGAGAGUGCGAACAGAGACAGUGUGAUGAUGUCUCCCGCCUCGCCAGACAAGAAAUCCGGAAGUGUGGUCGACAUGUCCAAACAGACUCCCGGUAAGGCUCGAUUCAAGCGCGAUUACUGGAAGAACAUUCAAGUCGGUGACUUCGUGCGUCUAUACAACGAGGAUCCUAUCCCGGCUGAUAUUGUUAUUCUCUCCACCUCGGACCCCGACGGAGCCUGUUACGUAGAGACCAAGGGUUUGGAUGGUGAAACAAACUUGAAGGUUCGCCAAGCUCUCCACUGUGGUCGUCAAGUUCGCCAUGCUCGAGAUUGUGAAAAGGCCGAGUUUACGAUCGAGAGCGAGGCUCCACACCCUAACCUCUAUGCCUACAACGGUGCCAUUCGCUGGGAUCAACGUGACCCGCAGUUUCCUGAGGCUCCACGGAAGGAGAUGGUUGAGCCGGUGACCAUCAACAAUAUGCUACUCCGUGGCUGUUCUUUGCGGAGUACUGAAUGGGUUCUCGGCGUGGUAGUUUUCACCGGCGGUGAGAGCAAGAUCAUGCUCAAUGCUGGCGCGACACCUGCCAAGCGUGCUCGCCUAGCCAAGGAUCUGAACUGGAACGUUAUCUACAACUUCAUCAUUCUGUUCAUCAUGUGUCUCGUUGCGGGCAUUGUCAACGGUUUCGCGUGGGCAGCCCCUGACAAGUCGCUGGAUUUCUUCGACUAUGGAUCUUACGGUGGCACACCUGCCGUCACUGGUAUUGUUACCUUCUGGACGGCUCUCAUCUUGUUCCAGAACUUGGUUCCCAUUUCGCUUUACAUCUCUCUCGAAAUCGUUCGUACCAUUCAGGCAGUCUUCAUUCACAGUGACCUCUACAUGUACUAUGAGAGACUGGGGUUGUACUGUGUGCCCAAGUCUUGGAACAUUUCAGAUGACGUGGGUCAAGUUGAAUACAUCUUUUCCGAUAAGACUGGUACUUUGACACAAAACGUUAUGGAGUUCAAGAAAUCCACCAUCAACGGCCUUGCCUACGGCGAAGCGUAUACCGAAGCCCAAAUCGGUAUGCGACGUCGUGAAGGAGUCAAUGCUGACGAAGAAGCUGCACAAGCUCGAGCACAGAUUGCCGCAGAUGGCAAAUCUAUGCUUGAGGGAUUGCGUCGUAUCCAUGAUAACCCAUAUCUGAAAGACGAAAACUUGACUUUCAUCGCUCCGAAUUUCGUUACCGAUCUGGAGGGUCAGUCUGGGGAAGCUCAGAAGAAGGCUGUUGAGCAUUUCAUGCUGGCUCUGGCUCUGUGCCACAGUGUCAUCACUGAGCACACUCCCGGGGACCCACCACAGAUCGAGUUCAAGGCCCAGUCACCCGAUGAAGCCGCUCUCGUUAGCACGGCUCGUGACUGUGGGUUUACAGUCCUCGGUCGGGCUGGUGACGAUUUGCUACUGAAUAUCAUGGGCGAGGAACGCACGUACACUGUUUUGAACACCCUUGAGUUCAAUUCUUCUCGAAAGCGUAUGAGUUCAAUCAUUCGCAUGCCUGAUGGCACGAUUCGUCUUUUCUGUAAGGGUGCCGACAGCAUCAUUUACUCUCGCCUAGCCCGUGGUAAACAGCAAGAUCUCCGACGUAAGACGGCCGAGCACCUUGAAGAGUUUGCCAAGGAAGGCCUGCGGACUCUCUGCGUUGCCGACCGCCUGCUCGGCGAGGAGGAAUAUCAGGCCUGGAACCGAGAGCACGAUAUUGCUGCGGCGGCAAUUACCGACCGCGAGGAGAAGCUGGAAAAGGUCUCGAGCGAGAUUGAACAGGAAUUGAUGCUCCUUGGUGGAACUGCCAUCGAGGAUCGUCUGCAGGAUGGUGUACCUGAUACUAUCCAGUUGCUUGCGGAUGCCGGUAUCAAGCUGUGGGUUCUGACCGGCGACAAGGUCGAGACUGCCAUCAAUAUCGGUUUCUCUUGUAACUUGCUCAACAACAAUAUGGACCUGAUCGUUCUUAAUGUUCCCGAAGGAAAUCAUGACGACGCCGCUCGAGAGCUUGACAAGCACCUUCAGGUCUUUGGUUUAACUGGUUCUGACGAGGAGCUUGUGGCUGCUCGCGCAGAUCAUACACCACCUGAGCCCACUCAUGCCGUCAUUGUCGAUGGUGAAACAUUGAAGAUGAUGCUCUCCGACGAAUUGAAGCAGAGGUUCCUUCUUCUGUGCAAGCAGUGCAAAGCAGUGCUUUGCUGCCGCGUCAGUCCAUCUCAAAAGGCUGCCGUCGUCAAUAUGGUCCGCCAUGGAUUGAAUAUCAUGGGUCUUGCUAUUGGUGAUGGUGCCAACGACGUUGCCAUGAUUCAAGAAGCAGAUGUCGGAGUUGGUAUUGCUGGUGAAGAAGGCCGACAGGCCGUAAUGUCUUCAGACUACGCUAUUGGUCAAUUCCGUUUCCUCCAGCGCCUGCUUCUGGUCCAUGGACGAUGGUCUUAUCGUCGAUUAGGCGAGUGUACCGCCAACUUCUUUUAUAAGAACUUGGUGUGGACAUUUGCUCUAUUCUGGUACUGUAUCUAUAACGAUUUCGAUGGAUCCUAUCUCUUCGAUUACACGUAUAUCGUCUUGGUCAACUUGGCGUUUACUUCCCUCCCCGUCAUUUUCAUGGGUAUUUUCGAUCAGGAUGUCGAUGAUCGAGUGUCUCUCGCCGUGCCCCAGCUCUACAUGCGCGGUAUCGAGCGCAAGGAAUGGUCCCAGCUUAAGUUCUGGUUGUAUAUGGGCGAUGGUCUGUAUCAGUCAGUGAUCUGUUUCUUCAUGCCAUAUAUGCUAUACAAGGUCGCGAAUUUCGCGACUGAGAGUGGCCGUGAUAUUGCCGACAGAAAUCGCAUGGGCAUCUUGGUUGCCACCUGUGCUGUCCUCGCCAGCAACAUCUACAUCAUGAUGAAUACUUACCGUUGGGACUGGUUCACCUGUCUGAUCAAUGCCAUCAGUUGUCUGCUGAUCUUUUUCUGGACGGGUGUCUAUUCCUCUUUCACCGCUGCUGGUCAAUUCUACUCGUCGGCCGCAGAGGUUUACGGGGCCUUGAGUUUCUGGAUUGUAUUGCUUGUGACACUCAUGAUCUCCUUGCUUCCCCGUUUUACAUACAAUGCCAUCCAGAAGGUGUUCUUCCCUCUUGAUGUCGAUAUCGUUCGUGAGCAGGUCACUCUGGGUAAAUUCAAGCACCUGGAAGACCAAGAGGAUCCGCUACCCCCCAAGGAGGCUACGGCUGUGGGCGCCGCCUCAAGCGAUGAGUCGGCGGUCUCUUCGGAUCUAAGCAAACCGAUCCAGCCCUCGAUGAAACACGACUCUGAAAUUUCUCAGGAGCCACGGCCGUAUUACUCUCCAUCUGCCCACACAAACGGCCAUAACCCGCGUAGCCAGAAUGGCAGCAAUGGAACCAACUAUACCGAGAGUCUGGACCAGUAUCCGCGACCUCAAUCGGUGGACUAUGUCCGCCGAUCCCACGAGCGAACUCGGCAUUCUUUUGAACGGGUGCGGCAAAGCUUUGAGCAAAGCAGAGACUUCUCCUCUGCUGCUAUGCUUCAACGAGUGGAAUCGAGCCAAACUCAUGGAUCUAACCAAGACCCCUUUCGAGCCCCCGGCGAGCCUCCUGCACAUAUGAUAUAA